GUUUAGUACCAAAAUAUGUAUCGUGAUAGUGAUAUUUAAAAAAAAUUAAAUCACUGAAUUAUCAUGGAAAAUUUAUGUCGAAUAUGUGUCACCAACGGCAACGGGGAGCUUCUACCCAUGCACCAUUCAGUUGAAGAUAAAACGGUUGAAUAUCUGAUUCGGUUUUGCAGCGGUUUGAAGAUCGAAAAAUCCAAUCCUUACCCAAAGAAAUGCUGUGCAGGUUGUGUUGAUAAUCUUCAACUAGCUUAUUCAACUAUAGUACAAUGUCAAGAAUCAGAAGGGAAGUUACAAUUACUUCUGGAAAACAAGAACCACGGCGCAGAGGAAGAAUAUUCAUUGCAACUAACAGCUGAUGAAGAAUCGGAUGUUUCUUAUUCGGGACUGGAAUCCGAAAGCGAUUUUGUACAGGAUGAAAACUUGACAGUGAUUAUUGAAGAAGGUCCGGAUGAAUCAACGACAUGUUGCGCUUGUAGAAAAAACUUUCGCACUGUUGAGGCCUUAACCAAACACAUAACUUCAAUUCACGAACCGGAAAGAUCACAUGAUAGUACAAGAAAGCCGUUUCAGUGCGAGGUAUGUUUCAAACGAUACUUUAAAAAGACUUCUCUUAACCGUCACAAACGAUUGGGUCGUUUGGGUAUGGACAUUUUAAUUCCCACAAAAGAACCUGAAGCUCCAAUCGAUCAUCGGUGCUGUGGCUGCAGAAAAGAUUUCGAGUCUUCAGAACAGCUGAAAGCUCAUGCCUUGGCAGAACAUUCGAAUGUAAGGGUUCCACACGAUGAAGCUAAACCGUUCGAGUGUGAGAUCUGUUUCAAACGGUACACUAACAAAACGUCAUUGAGCAGACAUUUCCGGGAGCGUUUUGUUGACAAGCGAAUCCAGGCCAAACGCCAACUGAAGGACCAUCAGUGCUGUGGGUGCAGGGAGGAAUUUGAGAAUGAGCACGAACUGGACCAGCAUUCUAAGGAAAUCCACUUUCUUGACCGCAUGAAGGAUAGCGAAAGUUUGAAACCGUUCGAGUGUCUCGUGUGCUACAGUCGAUUUUCAACGCAAACGGCCUUGGAUCGUCACAAGUCAACAAUUUCUAUGCCACAUCUCUAUCGAUGUGAGCAAUGUGAUAAAUUCUUUGUCAAGUUGAUAAUGUUUCGUAUGCAUGAGCGCAAAUAUCAUAACGGCGUUCAACAAGAAGUGAUUGGACCUUACCAAUGUGCUCAUUGUGGCAAGACUUUCAUGCAACAAAGUUCGUUAACACAUCACGAAAAAUUACACGACGACCUUCCGGAAAGAUUUGAGUGUACCAUAUGUUCGAAAACGUUUUCCAACAAAGGAAACCUGCAGACACAUGUCAACAAACAGCACAUCAAUCCAACGGCUGAAAAAGUACCGGCCUUUGAAUGUCCCAUCUGUCGUUGUAGUUUCAAAACACCAAAUUAUCUUGAAAUCCACAGUCGGGUUCAUACCGGUGAAAAGCCAUUCCAAUGUGAAUUCUGCUCGAAACAGUUCGCUCACUCAUCCGGUUACAAACGUCAUCUGUUGACGCACAGUGCCAUCAAACCAUAUGCGUGCCGAAUCUGCGGACGAGAAUUUUCGAAUCAACCCAACUUGGCAAUUCACGAGAAAGGUCACGGCACCGAGCGAGACGCUAGGUGCGACAUUUGCGGUAAAGAAUUCGUCCACAAUCGAUACUUGCGAAAACACCGAAAACGCCAUUUUAAAUAAGGUGUUUGUUUAAUCCAUCUGCUAUUCGAUGGAAAUGAUAAUAAAUUCUUUUUUUUCUGAAGAAGUA